CGACCACGGUGCGGCGAGCUGGUCGCCUCGCGUGUCCGUGUCCUUCUGCGCAAACAGUGAGUUCACGGUGACGCUACGAGCCGCUCGAGGUUCUUCUGUACAGAAAGGACAUACAAAUUCGUCCACGAAUUCGGGAAUAUAAGGAAGGAAAGAAGGAGGCGAGAAGGAAACCUUGUUGUCCUUCCACAGUGAUCGAAUCGAUUUCAUCGCGGACCAAGUGCAAAAUAGAAUGGAAUACGAGAGUGUCGAAUUCGCUGUGCAAGAUGUUCCGAACCACUGACGUCACAUUUAUCGAAGGAUAACUGAAAAUAAGUCUGUCAUGCUGCGAGGAUUAUACGUCGAUAUCCGUAAAAGUGAAUCGGAAAAUACGAUCGACAGCAGACUCUGAUAUUCCUUGACGUGUCGGUCUAAUGUCUAACGUCGAGUACCAAGGUAGCACGUUGAAAUUUUACUGGCAGCCGAAUGCAAUUUGUGAAUCGAUCAGUUGUUAUGUUAUGAGCAGUGCGGCAAUUUCUGCGUGUAUGCCGUACCUGGAAACGAUCGCGAGCAGGACGGUAGAGGGGUUACGUCCGUACAUUAUACCCAUGCUGAUCGUUUCGAAGCGCGGUUACAUUGUUGACUUUCUAUCGGAGAGCCAGGGAUCGUUGCUGCUUCUACGUUCGCGUGUAGUAACGAGGAAACGGAGCAGAACAACGGAAUUAGUCCCGUAACGUUUCACCUCGUUUUUUUCACGCGUACGAGAUGUUGCAUUGACAAUUGAUCGACAAACGAUCAGUCGAAUGUCGAUCGCAGUCAACGUGUAAUUCACUCGAUUCGUGUGUUGCGGCUUUUUGUUUUUCUGAUCGCGUUGUGAGUACUUAGAAGUGAGUACGCGCGUGUACGUGUAGUGCGUCGAAUCGCGUGUAUUGCCUCACGAUUGAUGGAAGCGUUCGAAUAUAAUCGUCAAAUAAUUAAGUCGGCGAAUGUGAUCACAGCUGAUCGGGAGGAGACUUUACUUGAUCGGCGAGAAAACCUGUUUGGAUUCCGAUGUAACGUGCACGAGAGAGAAAAAGUGAGCCUCUACACUACGUGUCUCUACUAUCGCACACGUCGUGCAAUUUAUUUACAAUAAUCGAAGCUGUGACUCACGUACAGUUGUCGCUGCUUUCGUUACGCAAUCGUGUAUCUCGAAAUGAAUUGAGUUGAAUUCUGAAUAUUGAGACAACCAGGCAAAAUUUCUGAAUCGCAGAAAGAAAAGUUACAGUUUCUACGGUUUGUUGAGAGAUCGAUGCAAUACCGAUCGUCUGGAUACCAUAUGCGACGAUUCAAUGAAAAACGAAUAUCGAACAGCCUUCAGCGACAUUAUUUCUCGCAUAUGAUCGAUUUUAGAUAUGCAUUUACUUAUCAAUGUCGUUCACUAUCCAAACAAGUUCCGCCUCGUACGUGACGUACAAUCUACGCUACUUCUUUUCGAUUGUUGACGAUUGGCGUAUAUACCCGCAUUCUGAAUGUUACAAAUGACUUUGACGCGUGGACGAUCGACCACCUGGUUUUGCGUGUGUCAUUAUUACGAACGACGAUAAAGGUCACGCGUUACUCUGGCACGUGACACUUGUCGAGCACAUAACGACUCGCGAGCACGAUGCUGCCGAAAAAGGACGGCCAUCCAGAGCCGUACGCUCUAGAGGACAUGAUAUCCGAUCUCCAAGCGCGACGAAAUUCCUUCGACCAGGAGGACCUCGAGGAUCCGGUGGAACUUCUGAAGAAACGCGACAGGGACCUUGUUUUAGCGGCAGAAUUGGGGAAAGCGCUUUUGGAAAGGAACCAGGAAUUAACUAGGCAGAGUGAAAUCCUCGUUGAGGAGUACUCGUCAAAAUUAGAGAGUCUGGAACAAGAGAGGCACCUGCUGCGGCGCAAGCUAGAGGAAGCGAGGAGCGAGCACGAGGCGAGAACGCUGGAGCUUCAGGCGGACGUGGAGACGCUGAGGAGUCAGUUGGAGGAGCAAAAUGAACGAGCUAGAAGAGCGGAACGGGAUCAGGCGACUCUCGUCGCGGAGCUCACCGCGCAGAACACGAGGCUGGCCGAUCAGCUGAGAGAGGCCGCGAAGCAGGAAGAGCAGCUGCUCAUCGAGGUCAAGGUGCUCAGGGAAAAGUGUGCCCUCAGAAGUACCACGCUCCAGGAUCACGUCAGUAGCCUGGAGGUUCUCAGAGACGAGGUACAGCUGGUGUCUGCGCAAAGAACAGAAUUAGAGAGGAGGUCCUUGGAACUGAGGGAAGAGAGGGCGAGGGCGAUGGCGGCUCUCGAAGAAGCGGAGGAUAGAGCCGCGGCCUUGGAGCGGCUCAGCCACGAGGCGGAACACCGGGCGAAGAUGGCUGAACGUGAAAGGGACGAGCUGGCGGCGACAUUGGCGGUGAUCGAGGCGGAAAGGAGAGGUAGAUCCGGCUCGAUACAGAAACCACCGAGGUCCCUGCAGGCGGAGAUGGAGUGCGAGGAGAGCGGAAGCUCGCUGGGCGAUCAGGAGGAUCUGCGUGCAGAGAUGGCGAGGGCGGUGAAGCGGUUGAAGGAGUUGUGCGUCCAUUUGAGACGGGGGGAGGACGACUCGGGUUUGCAGAGCGACUGCGACGAGUCGAUGCUCGUGAUCAACACCGCGGAAGCGGAGGAGGCGAACACCAACGGGCAGGAUACUCUUGCCAGCUCGGCCAGUUGUCCCGGCGCUUUGUUGGAACUGGUGGAGGAGGUAUACAACUUGGCUCUUUCCGGCAGAGGGGCACCAGGAGAGCUCGGUUUGGCCGUGGAACUUCACAGGGUGCGCGAGGAGCUCGAGAACACGAAGGAGCAACAAAAGCAGACGCAAGAGGAGCUGAAGAGGCGCGGAGAGGCUCUGCUCGACAUGACGAGCAAGCUGAGCGUCAGCGAGGCCGAGCUGCGCGGGGUUAAGGAAGAACGCGACAGAGCUCGGGACGACAUGGAACACUCGCAGUUGACCAAGGACGAGAUAUUGGCCCAGGCUUACAAAGUCAGGGACCAAGCUGUGGCUAGGAAAAACAGGGCGGAAGUGGAGCUAGCUAAAACAAGGAUAGACGUUCUUCAAGCUAACAGCCAGCUGAUGGAGGCCAUUCAACAGAAGAUCGAACUUAGCCAACAGUUGGAACAGUGGCAAAUGGACGUGCAGUCUCUCGUGGAUGAACAUGUCCGAAGCAAGUUGAUGCCUAUCACGAACUCUAUCACCGCGGCGAACUCUGAGAAUUCGGAAAUCGCGGCUCCGGCGAGAAAGAAGAGGAGCACUGGCUCGUCGAAAAAAAUGUUCGGCCUGUUUUGACGCAAAUGACUGUUCGCGUAGACGUGGUCGCGCGAAACGAAACAGCCAAGGGACACCGAUACAUAUAGUGCACGGUGAGAGAAGAAGACUGCGCUUGAAAAGAAGUUCGUUCCACGAGAUGAACAUUUCGUUGUGGCGCCAGCGUAUCAGGGACCAUUCGUCCGCUCAUCUCUCCGCCACCUUCGGAGGUAGACUGCUGUUUUUCGAAAUUGAGCGGCAAGCGAUAGCCAUACAGCACGCGCUCUGUGCGCGUCCUUCACGUUUUCACGAUGAUUCGUACCAAUUAUUAGAUAGCUUUCUCGCUGGCAAAAGUCGCGAGAUCGAGUCUCGAUCUCGAGCCGUUUACAUUCCCUGAGAAGUAGAUUUUCCUGGCGUGGUUAGGUCUGUCCUAAUCGUUCUUGACAAUAGAUUUAUUUAUCGUUAUUUUCUUUAAAUAGCCAAGCGUUGGAUAUACAAGACAACGAAAGAAAGUUCCUUCUUUCUAGAUGUGCGCGCGAUGCAUCGAGAAAAGAAGGAAAGCGUCAGCAUCGGCAGAUCCAAGCGAUUGCUUAGCGUACGGCGAGAAGCGCUGACGUACUUUUCUCCUUCCGGGCAAACGUCUCGUCAUUCCCGUCAAUCGUGAAACGACUCGUUACCACGGUAAAAACCGAUCUCUAGUGGCAUCUUCUCUCGCAAAGAUCUCCGGACUUGCGGUACAAACUUAUCAUUAUUCUAAGCGAUGCGUUUAAACGAGAAUUGUACUUUCCAACUCCCUAGUACUUUUUUCCUUUCGUUGGAUGCGAUCUACAGAGACUUGAUUCCUCUUUUUAACACGCGGCUGUAAAUAUAAAUUGUACAAACGUAUAAAACAUUUGUGAGAGAAUGGGAACUUCUUAUUCGAUUGUGAUACGAAAUGUAAUAAUGUAUAUUAUCGUCGUGUUACGAUAAAUUUUACCUGAAUUUACAUAAGAUGGCGCUAUCGUUAUUACAUCGAGCAAAGGAAGAUCGACUGGGUACAAAAAUUAAAUCAAAUUGAACUUCAAUAUAUAUAUUGGAACGGAAUUUCCUCUUUUGAUUCGCUUGGAUUUUUCUUGAACAAUGUCCGUCCAUCCGUCUGUCCGAAUGGAUCAGGAAGUUCGAGUAACUGUAAAACUGUCAAACAAAGAAGAAAGACAUUGUCCGGGAUAGCGGUGAAAGUCGAUCGGCCAGGCUAUAACCCUACGAACCUUUCGCUGUGCAGCGACAGUGUAAUAACAGUGCUAGAGUUUUCGACGCGCCGGUCGACUGCGAUCUCGACGAUGUACCUCGAUAUUUUUUCCUCUCCAUUCCAGUCUGAACGCUUAGCUUUAAUUAACGACCGGCGUUAAGUAACAACGAACGAAGCGGAUCGGUUAACGCGCCCCAGCAACAUCUCAGCUCGCGUUCGCGUCAGUUAGCCUUCUUUGUAAAUUAACAAACGAGCCAACCGCGCUCGUUUACUAACUGUAUUAUAGCUAUAUAUGACUUCAUCUGAUCUGAACGAUUGUGACAACAUAUUUAUUUAAUAAAAUUCUGUUUUACGGA